GGCUAAAUAAACUCACCGUUCUAAUACUUAGCUUAUAAUUAGCGGUGUUGAAAACGCGAGCUUCCGUCCGUGAUUAGGAAUCAUGGUUACUUUACUUUGAUAUAAGUGUGCUGGAUCGGGAUUGGGGUAAGGGAUUCGGUGAUAAUGGUUUCCACAGCGUCAAGUUACAACGAUUUUCAACCCAGGUUGUAUCUCGCCGAUAGGGCGAUAAUUGGCGCGUUCCAGGUGUGAUGUGUUCGUUCAUGGGCAUACAAGCCGUGAUGAUCAUGUGGAAAAGGGAAGCGCAAAUGGGUAAGUCGGCCCCUCGUGUUCCCGACCUUGUCGUAUCUCCGCCUCAUCGUUGCGUAAUCUCCAAAUAGACGGGCUGGCCUAAAUUAGGACGUGAAGAGACGACUAAAAACGCAAGUCUUACCUUCGGAGGUUAUAAAUAAUGCGCGUAACACGAAGGUGCGAGUAUAUGGUUCCUAGUUCCUCACAUCUAUCUCUUAUUAUCACAACUGCAACUUUUCAAAUCUCUCCCAAAGUAGUCGCAAAACUCAUAGAAUGUCUCCUCCGUCGUUCGCAAUCACGCUCGAAGAGCACACUGCGUUUCCAUCCCUCGGCACUGAAAGUGCAUUCUACGACGACAUAUGGAAGGUAUUCCCACAGACGAAAGAGGCCCUUGAAGACCACUCGACUGGUCGCUUGGCAGAUAUGGACGAGGGCCAUAUAUCGUACCAAAUCCUUUCUCACGUUACGGGUUUGAGUAACUACAACCCAGAGGGCACUCGAAAGGCAAAUGACGAGAUGGCCGAAGCUAUUAGGAAGAACCCAAGUCGUUUGGGUGGCUUCGCUGGCCUUCCUAUGGCGCAUCCUCGAGCUGCAGCUGCAGAGCUAGAACGGACAGUAAAGGAGUUGGGAUUUUUUGGUGCCAUGAUUGAUAGCCACCUGGGGGACAUGACUCACUACGACCACGAGAGAUUCUGGCCUGUUUUUGAGACGGCUGAGCGUCUCGAUGUACCCAUCUAUAUUCAUCCGGCAUUACCCCCAGAGUUCAUACAGAAAGGGCUAUAUAACGGCAACUACUCCCCUGUUCUUGCGCAAGGGCUGGCAACGGGCGGAUGGGGUUGGCACCAGGACGUCGGGAUCCACGUCCUCAAACUCUACUCUGCGGGCCUAUUCGCCCGCUUCCCCCGGUUGAAGAUUAUAAUCGGGCAUAUGGGCGAGUUGCUCCCCAUAAUGAUCGACAGGGUGGAUUCGAUCCGUUUCUACAAAAAGAGCGGGUUAGAACCAUUCCGUGACGUUUGGGACAGGAACAUAUGGGUAACUUCCAGUGGUAUAUUCAGCGUCAGAACUCUUGAAAUGGUCCUGAAGAUAACAAAGAAGGACCGAAUCUUAUAUAGUAUCGAUACACCAUUCAGCAAGAGUAUUGAGGGGUGGAAGUAUCUCCAGAGGCUAGCAGAAGAGAGUUCGCUCUCGAAGGAAGAAUUGGAUAUGUUUGCGUUUGGAAAUGCUAAAAAGUUGUUCAAACUGGACUUGGAGCUCAAGCAAUUUUGAGUAUGCAAUUCCCAACAAGUAGUCAAUGGUUAUAACGAGAUCUAUAGAGAUGAUUGGAACUUUCACUACCCCAUAAUUCUCAAUGGAAGCUUCAACAAUUUUUCGGGUAAAUAAUAAUCCUCAGACACGCCUCCUAUCUGUCAUCAGCGUUACUACCAAGAAAAACAACGGGACAUGAGAAAAAAAGAAAGUUACAUUAAUCCAGAGAAAGUCAAGAAUUGGACCGAUGUUACUACUGGUGACUUGUACAGUUUUGCUUGAAUUGGCCACCCACCAACACAAGGUCUAGAUCGGCCGCCGACGCCCCUGAAGCCUCCCCAACCCCUGAAUCGCUCCAGUGUGAUCAACAUGUGAUAAUAAGCGUUGAUGAAGACUUAAGCAGCUGCCAAUAGGGGUUUCGGGUUACCGGAUACAUCAGCGCGGCUUGAUAGCCUAGGUAAAUCAUUAAAGGGUUAAGUUGAUGUUUAAGGGCUUAACGCUAUGAAUUUCAUUAAAAUGGGGUUUUGCAAGGG